UACCUCGCACUCAGCUACGUGUGGGGUGAGGAACAGCCGCACCAAACCACCACAUCAAACGUGUCUGCCUACUCUGCCGGGAUAGACGCAUUUCUUCUCCCUCAAACCAUCCGCGACGCGAUCUCGGUUACGCGCACCCUCGGGUUCCAAUACCUUUGGGUAGAUAGCCUAUGCAUUGUGCAGGAUUCGGACGAGGACAAGCUACACGAACUCGGGCGAAUGCACCUCAUCUAUCGCUACGCAUACUUCACCAUCAUCGCCGCCAGCGCGGAGCGGGUCAGCGACGGCUUCCUUCAACAUCGCCGGGCGAACCAUGACAUCACGCUUCCAUUCCUCUACGCCCCGACCUCUACUCUGGGCGAAGUAUACGUAUGCCCGACAUACACACGCGCGGACAACAUGAUCAACAACUACAGUCACGCCUGGGAGCCCAUCAGCGCGCGCGGCUGGUGUCUACAAGAGUACCUUAUGUCCCCCCGCUCGCUCAUCUACACCUCACAGACGCUCCAAUUCCGGUGCCAGACUACGACGCAGAACAUCGGCGGCGCCGUUCACGAAGCAGGCGACGAACGUCGGCUCCCCGACAAGCUCUUCUUAGCAGACGCGCCUCCCGCGGCGCGGAUCUCGAAGGAGUGGCUCGACGUGCGCAAGGCCUGGAUGAGCGUCGUCGAGGACUACACGCGGCGCACCGUGGGCGUCUCCGCGGACAAGCUCGUCGCGUGCGGUGCUAUUGCCACUGAGUUCCAGCGCGUCCUCUGCACGGAUUACCUCGCGGGCCUCUGGCGCGACACCCUUCUCAUCGACCUACUGUGGCAUAAGGAAGAGGGUGCAGACAUUCCUCGCCCGUCCGCAUAUCGCGCGCCGUCGUGGUCGUGGGCCGCGGUCGACGGAAAGGUCGCUCUAGGACACGGAUUGUGGUUAGGCAUGCGGCCGAGCGCGGACAGCGGGCCAGUGGCGGAGGUAGUCCGGUGCGAGGUCACGCUCGAGGACACUGCACUUCCGUUCGGCCAGGUGACAAGUGGAACCCUCACCCUUCGCGCGGUC